AGAACCCUAAUAUUCAAGGUACCAUGGAUAUCCAUUUACUUUUCUGAGGGUGAAAACAACAGUAAAACAAUUGAUCAGAUGGAUGGUGUUUGUCAUUUUUCAUGCAUACCAUAAUCAUAAUGGUUAUGGACUUAGCAGACAGUUGCUAUUGGCUGUUAUUUCCUCGUUCUCCUCCCGGUUGCCUCUUCUUAUUAUGAUGCCGCCUACUACAGUCUGCUGCUGCUUCAUUCUCCUCUUGGUUGCUUCAUCCUCCUGCAAUCUUGCUGGCUACAGUUGCCUCAUUCUACUCUUCUUGUUGUGUUGGCUUAUGCUAGUUGAUGUUGUUGCCUUGUUCGCCUCUCUACUGUCUCCUCUUACUGCAGUACCACCUGGUACUCUGAUAGUUGUCUCCAUGCCUCUGUUGAAAAGGAAAUGGCGAAUACAGGAAACAUGUACUUCAGAAGGCAGGGUGUUUUCGAGAAACUGUCCUUAAAAUAGCUUAUUUCCCGCUCUCUCUUGCGCAUGACAACCAGGAAAUGGUAUUUCUAAAAUACAAUGCAUUAAUUUCGAGUUAGAUAAAUAUCGGUUGCACUCAAAUUAUUUUAAAAUAUUAGAGUAAAAUCCAACUAUAGAGAGAGCAGAAAAUUGAUGUGAACCUUAACAAUCAUUAAGCUUUCAUACUUGCAACAAAAUGUUUUCGAUAUUGGACCAAGAAGAUGUUAGCAGUGUAUGAACAACUUAAAUACACUUACUGCACUCCACCAAUUCCCAAGGCAUGUGGUUCCAAAACCCUAAAAGAUCUCCACUUAGACUUGGGCUCAACUUCAACCCUAAUUUGGUUCUAAGAAAAUGACUGAUUUUGGACCCAAAAUAAACCAAGCCUUAAAAUUGGGCCUUGACCCUUUGUUUUAGAUUCGAACUUGAUGCCUGAUUCAUUCUUGGACCAAAUUCUUGACUUAGGCUUGGACUUGAUUUUUUUAACAUGGGCUUACAUAUU